GAGGGCGGCGGAAGGUUGUCGCUGCGGGGCUUCCGUCCGCGCCCGCCCCGCCCCGCCCCGCCCCGCCCCGGCAUGGCGGAGUAUUCCUGUGUUAAAUCCACCAAGCUUGUCCUCAAAGGGGCGAAAGAGAAGAGCAAGAAAAAGCACAAGGAGAAGAAGAGGAAAAGGGAAGAGGAUGCUGCAGAGCAACUUGAUAUCGUUGGAAACUGGUGGGCUAUCAGUAAUUUCGGUGAAAUUACAGGAACUAUAGCUAUAGAAAUGGAUAAAGGAGCUUACAUCCAUGCCCUCGACAAUGGCUUGUUUACUCUUGGAGCACCACAUAAAGAUGAUGAAGGCCCUAGUCCUCCUGAACAGUUUACAGCAGUAAAGUUGUCUGAUACAAGGAUUGCUCUGAAAUCUGGCUAUGGCAAAUACCUUGGCAUAAAUUCAGAUGGACUUGUUGUUGGACGUUCAGAUGCAAUAGGAUCAAGAGAGCAAUGGGAACCUGUCUUCCAAGAUAAGAAAAUGGCAUUGCUAGCAGCAAAUAGCCGUUUUAUUCGAUGUAAUGAAGAGGGAGACAUCGAAGCCAAAAGCAAAACUGCAGGCGAAGAAGAAAUGAUAAAGAUUCGUACUUGUGCUGAAAGAGAAGCUAAGAAGAAAGAUGAUGUUCCACAAGAAGACAAAGGAAAUGUUAAACAGUGUGAAAUCAAUUAUGUAAAGAAAUUCCAAAGUUUUCAAGACAAAAAGCUUAAAAUAAGCAAAGAAGAUACAAAAGCCCUUAGAAAAGCCAGGAAAGAAGGCACUUUUCAUGAAAUGCUGCUUGACAGGAGAGCAAAAGUGAAAGCAGAUAGAUACUGCAAGUGACAACCAGCUGUUUCAUUUUCUUCAUCUUUGAUAGGGUCAAAUUGAAAACAAGUGUAAAAUGUUUUAUAAAUAUUUUUUAUUGAAGGUGUUUUGCUGAUGUUUUUAUUAUGUUAUUUUUAAAGGAUUGCCUAAGAGCUGUAAUUAAGCAUCAAACUAAUGUCAUCUUUCAGUAAUGAAUACUAUUAAGUUUACUCUAGAACUACAUCAUAUUGAAAUAGCGAGAUAAUUAUUUCAGGGAAAAGAAAUUGGCCCACUGAAUCUUCAAAGGCUGAUGGAAGGAACCUGAUUUUAGAGCAGAAGAGAAUGAUGAAGAAGUUCAAAAGUAAAAUAUGUCAACACCUUGAACCAUUAAUAAGUCUGUAACUUUACUGAACAAGAAGAAGUAAUUGAAAAUGUGUGUCUUGGAACACAUCCUACCAAAUCCUGAAUAGGAGAUCUGUGGAACCAUUCAACACUGUAUCAGGUGAGGACUGGGCCAGAAUAUUGAGGCUUCAUAAAAGAAUGUUCAAAACAGACCCACUGCUCAGGUUGAUAAAUGGCAUAAUCCAUAUGCUGGAAGAAUUGUUGAAGUCAUAAGAAGCCUAUUACAAAUGAAAAUGCAGGUGCUUCGUAAGAAAAGUUAGAUGGCUCUUGUGUUAGCAGGCCACUUAUUUUGCAAGAGGGAAAAACUGAUUUUGCAAACUUGCUCAUGUCUUUAUGGCAUGGACUUUAAUAAAACAGCUGGGAUUUUUUCUUUUAAGGUCAUAGUAUAAUAUUCAUUCCCAAUAUCUCAUAUAAAAUAUGGUUAUCCCUGUCUGCUCUGAUUACCGAGAAGCUUUUCAGUAUUAACACUUCCAUAGAAACUACCUCAAUCAGAAAAAUUGCCUUUCUCCACAGCUUCUGUAAUCUGUGUCAUAAAGAUCACUUGGUAACAAUGUUGAUUUUUAUGGUAAUAAUUUGAAUUGUCUCCAUGGAGCAUCUCCUAGUUGUCAAGUUGAAAUGUACACAUAGUACAAAAUCAUAGGCUUAUGCAAGAUAAUGAUGUGUCUAAAAAGAGCACAAGAACAGAUCAAUAAAGUCUAGUCAUUAAUGGCAAUUUAAAUAGGUCUAAUUUCAUAGGCAGUUGAUCUUGAGGAAGAAGCACAAAGAAUUUAAGUACGUAGUAAUUGUUUAAGCCCUCUGGUGACUUUUCAGUAUGAAAAGUAGUUAUAGCUGGUUGGGGAAGGCUGGCUGAGGUUAGUAGUAAAGCAUUUAUUUUUUCAAAGAAUGUAGAAAUAUAAGGACAUGGCCCAUACAGAUUUUAUGGAACCAAAAGAAGAAAAACUCCACAGGCUGGGCACAUUCAUGAUGUAACUAACACAGGGAUUCUUAGAAACUCCUUUGUUUCUAGAAAAGCAGACAAAGAUCCAAACCUUUCUGUGAUAGCAUUUUUAGGCUUUCUACACCCAGCUCUAUCCAGCUCAGUACAGAGAUUUUUGCCACGGGGCUUUUCCUUCUAAGGUAGAAAAACUUACUAGUUUUAUACCUGUUAAGCUUAAUAUUCAUUUAAUAGCUAUUUCACAAGAAUAGACAUACUCACCAGUUCCUUGUAUGAAUAGCUAUUUUGGAGUGAGUGCCUUUUCUUCCCACUUCAGCUUUUUCUGCUAAGACUGAUACUAAUUGAGAAAUCAAAAUUCCCCCUCUGGGGAGUGGUUUGUACAACUGUAUUGGGAUAGUUAUGCUUGUAACCUUCUGUGGACAAAUCUGUGGGACCUUCCUGUUAUUCCAGCUGUUACUUAAGAUCUGUAUUAAUGCUGAUAGAAGUUACACCAGAAUGCAGAGAAAUAAAAUAAAAGUAAGGUCUAUGCUGAAUGAAAAAAAUCACUAAAAUUAAAUUGAGAAAUUUCCCCUCCAUUUUUAGAGAUACAAAAGGCCCCUCUGUAGCUGGUUUGUUGGUUUAGGGUUUUUUUUUGUGGUUUUUUUUGUUUGUUUGUUUUGGGGUUUUUUUUUAAACUUAAGUGAUCUUAUUAAAUGAGAAUUGUCUUUUCCCCCAUAUCUAUCACUUACCUAAUUAAUGUAUUUCAGGACAUACUGUUAACAAAAAUGUAAUAAUAUAAGAUGGUCACAUAAACUGAUCAAAUGCUCAACCUUUUUACCAGUACCAAAUUCAAUAGCUUCAUUUUAAAGUGUUCAUAGAUUUUAUUUCUAGUUCUGGUACAAAGCUUUGGGUUUACUCUUUAAGCUUAACACAUAGCACAAAUGACUGAAAAUUAUUUCCUAUCACUUUCUAUUAACUAUACAUUCUUUCAGAGCAAGCAGUUGUUGGGAAUAUCAACAUGUUUGUGGUGAGACUGCAUUAAAACAUUUGCAAAAAGAAACUGAUAUUAGCAGAACUGAUCUUUGUUUCUAAUUUAAGUAUCUCCAGAAUUAUAUUAAAAUUCCCUCAUAUAUCUUUUAACCCAGUUAUAAAAUCUUAACUAUAUCAUUUGUGAAUAUUUGGCUUGCAUUAAGGGAGUAGCUCCAAGAAAAAUUGAAGAUGUACCUAUACUACUGGUAAGCUAUUUGCAAUGUAGCUUAAGCCCUGGGAGACAGACUGUACAAUGAUGUAGUCCAGAGAAAAAGCUCCCUUGCUUUUAGUGGUCUUGAGAGAAUAGCUGGCUUUUCCAGAGAACUCUGUGUAUAACCUCAUUGCUCUCAAAUAAAAAAAGACAUCCUAUUGAUCAAAGAGAACCAAUAUGCAGGCAUAGCAUGUGGCUAGCUUUUUACCAAUGGCAGAAAUGGUCAUGCAGAUGAAACAUUGCAUAAUAUAGCUUAGAGGCUUUUGGAUCACAGUGUGUGUCCGUAUGCUCUGUGACUCAAUUUUUGUAAAAAAGAUGGUUGUGCUGCCCUUUCCACAGUGAAUAAAGGCCAUAUUUUGAGUUCCUUUA